UGCGUCACUGCGCGAGAGCGAGGAAGCAGAGACGUGCGAGUUGAGUUCUGGGGUUUCUCGACUCCAUUCAAAUCAACGCCCGGGCGAUACCAAGUGAGAGGCGAGCCGUAAGACUCCCAACACAGGCAUCACCAUGCACCCUGCUACUGCAAAGUGGUACGACAGACGAGACUAUGUCUUUAUUGAAUUUUGUGUAGAAGACAGUAAAGAAGUAAAAGUAAACUUCGAAAAAUCAAAACUUAGUUUCAGUUGUUUUGGUGGAGUAGAUAGUAUAUCACAUCAAAAUGAAAUUGAACUCUUUGAUGGAAUUGACCCAAAUGAAUCUAAGCACAAACGUACAGAUAGAUCUGUUUUGUGUUGUUUACGAAAAGCUGAAUCUGGGAAACCAUGGCCAAGAUUAUCAAAAGAUAAAGCAAAGAUGAACUGGCUCAGUGUUGACUUCAAUAACUGGAAGGACUGGGAAGAUGAUUCGGAUGAAGAAUUAUCCAGUUUUGAUCGCUUCUCAGAGAUGAUGAACAACAUGGGAGGUGAAGAUGACUUGCCGGAGGUCGAUGGAGCAGAUGAAGAGGAUUCGGCUGAUAGUGAUGAUGAAAAAAUGCCUGACUUGGAGUAAAAAAUAACAGAACACCCGAACACGUGUACAGCUUGGAGGACACCUUCCAAAACAUACAAAAUAAAGAAAGAAAGAAAAAAAAAAAACACUGUCGAAGAACCCAAUAAAUUUAAACUUGUAGAUUUGAGUUGAUAGCUGUAAAGACUGUGGUUUUGCUUCUUUUAAGCCAUUUCAGCAGUAGAGCAGCUGUCGCUGAGGGUUGAUGCAUACCGCUGUACAGGCCCGAUUCUGCGUUCUCUUCUCACGGGCCAUCGUUAAGUGGCUGUUCAGUUAAGCGAAACUUGAUUGUGAUGGCGAGUUUCAAUUAGAGACGGGUAAUUUUAAUUUGACAUCAUUUUAGUUUCUUUUUUUUGUUGUUUUUGACUAGGGGGUGGGGAGGGGGGGGGUUUGAUGCCAAGCAAAGUGCUUAAAAAAAUGAAUAAAAAUAAACAAAUUAGCAAACUUCUGAAGUUGUUGUUCGUUGAUGUUGUCUGUUGGUGCGUUUGCAGCCUCUUUUGUAUGAAGGACUGGCAGUGGUUGGCAUACCCUGCUCCUGUCCCCUUUCGUUGGCAAUCUCGUUGGUCCAGGAUUGAGUCGUUUUCCCUGCUCCCGCCACACUUGCCCGUUGUUUUUUGAGCCAUUUGUUUCUUCUCUAGAAGCUCUGCACGUGGAUGCCUUGCUUCUGCCAGAGGAAGGCAUGGUUUGGGGUGGAGGGGGAAGCAGCCUGUAGGAGAGGGCGGGCACUGUGUGAAGCCUGUACACGCUGGUAUCCAUUACACCCUUGGCUUUAAACUGGUGAGAGAAGCGACCGCAAGCUCUACAUCUGUCGCUUCCAGAUCUUAACAGACUACACACAGCAAACAAUAUAUUGUACAUUUUAGAUGACCAAAUUGUAUUUGCACUGUCAAUAUAAAUCGCAAGUGUAAGAACGAAACGAGCAAUGCCCACCUUUGUCAGUGUGUGUGUGUGUGUCUGCGUUUCACCUUCUUGCAGGCUGGACAAUGUCAGUUAUUGUUGAAUGCAGUGGGAAUUUUUUUAAUGUCUUACAUCUUUCUAAUAAAUUGUCUGACUUGAGUUAC